UUUUGAUUCCAUAAGUGGGGUUGUAAAUAAAUUACUAGAAAAUUGUUAAAAUAAAAUAAAAAUUGGGAGAAACACAUAAACCCUAAAAAGCUUAAAUCUUUCUUCCCAUAAAUUAUUAGUUUAUACUCUUCUAGGUCUCUCUGUUCACAAUCUGAUGGAAGUUUGUUUUUUUCUUUGUUUUCUAAUUAUGUUUUAAUUGAAUAUUCUCUGUUGCCCUUUUUUGAAUCUCUUGUUCUGUCUCUCUGAUAAAAUCUUUGAAAGAACAAACGGAGACAGAGAGUGAGAGAAAAUGGCAAUGGUUGUUCCAAAAGAAGGGCUUGUGGUUAUGGACAAGGAAUCUGUUUCUUCAGCUUCAUCGGAUUCUCAUCUUCGUCUCCAACCUCACUUUCCUGACUUCACUAUUCCUGUUAAAGAUUUCUUCAAGUCUAGGGAAGCCCGUGAGUUUCUUAGUGGGGCUUUAGCUGGAGCUAUGACCAAAGCUGUUCUUGCUCCACUUGAGACUAUAAGGACAAGAAUGAUUGUUGGUGUUGGAUCGAGAAGCAUUCCAGGUAGUUUUCUGGAAGUUGUACAGAAGCAAGGGUGGCAAGGUCUUUGGGCUGGCAAUGAAAUCAAUAUGAUUCGAAUCAUUCCAACGCAAGCAAUUGAGUUAGGGACAUUCGAGUGGGUAAAACGUGCAAUGACAUCAGCUCAAGUGAAGUUGAAGAAGAUUGAGGACGCCAAGAUUGAAAUCGGUGAUUUUAGUUUCAGUCCGUCCAUAUCGUGGAUCUCUCCUGUUGCUGUGGCUGGUGCAUCUGCUGGUAUUGCCAGUACACUUGUUUGCCAUCCUCUCGAAGUCCUCAAGGAUAGAUUGACUGUGAGCCCUGAGAUUUAUCCAAGCUUAAGCCUUGCAAUUCCAAGAAUUUUUAGAGCCGAUGGAAUCCGUGGAUUUUACGCUGGCUUAGGACCAACAUUGGUCGGGAUGCUUCCUUACAGCACAUGUUAUUACUUCAUGUAUGACAAAAUGAAGACCUCAUACUGCAAAUCCAAGAACAAAAAGGCUUUAAGCCGUCCAGAGAUGCUUGUUCUUGGAGCUUUAGCUGGUCUAACGGCGAGCACCAUAAGCUUCCCCUUGGAAGUAGCGCGGAAGCGGUUGAUGGUUGGAGCUCUGAAGGGAGAAUGCCCACCAAACAUGGCUGCAGCAAUAGCAGAAGUAGUGAAGAAAGAAGGAGUGAUGGGACUCUACAGAGGAUGGGGAGCAAGUUGUUUGAAAGUCAUGCCAUCUUCAGGCAUUACUUGGGUCUUCUAUGAAGCCUGGAAAGAUAUUUUGCUUGCCGCCAACACCAAACCACUCAUAUAAUGACGAAAUUGUAACCUAAGUUAUUAUUGUUUCUUUAAAGCUAAAGCCUGUCAUCACAUUUCUAAGUUAUGAUUUAGGGAAUGUGGUGGCUUGGACAUGAGAUGUUUUUUUGGCACCUGGGAGUGUUAUGAUUCCCAUGAGAAGUAGAAGAUGAGUUUUUUUUAAUUCUUGAGGCUAAUUCUCUGUGUUCUUCUCGUCAAAACAAAGAAGUAAGAAGCAAAUCAAAUUAUUAAU